CUCUGCUGUCUCUAGCGCGGGUGACAGCCUGGGGCUGGGAAGGGACCGGCCGCGGCGCCUUGACGUCUCCGGCAAUGUGAGGGGUCCAGUGCGCUCUGGCGAUGCGCGGGGUCGGGGCGGGCAGCAGGGUAGACCGCACUUGCCGCGGCUGUGCGAGGCCCCGAAGACGUGCGCGGCCCCAGGGAAGCGGUGCUUCCCUUCAAAGUUUGUUCCGUCUUGUCACAGUAGAGCCGCUGCUGCCGGAACCUGCCACGGGAGCAACAGAGUCCUGCAGCGUUUGCUUUGGCUAUUAAUGCAAUUGCUGAUUUGACAUUUUCAAAGACUUGCCAUCUCUUAGUACUUUAACCUGACCAUUGGACACAAUGAGGAGACUGGCUUUUCGAGGUGCUGGUUGUACUCUGGUAAAUCUGAAGAAGUUGGAUUCCAUGGGUUCCAAGAGGCGAAGGGCUACUUCUCCUUCCAGCAGUGUCAGUGGAGGAGAUUUUGAUGAUGGUCACCACUCAACAAAUACACCAGGCCCAAGCAGGAAAAGGCGGAGACUCUCUAAUCUCCCAACUGUAGAUCCUAUUGCAGUGUGCCAUGAACUGUACAACACAAUCAGAGAUUACAAAGAUGAACAGGGAAGACUCCUUUGUGAACUUUUCAUUAGGGCACCAAAACGAAGGAAUCAGCCAGACUAUUAUGAAGUGGUUUCUCAACCUAUUGAUUUAAUGAAAAUCCAACAGAAACUAAAGAUGGAGGAGUAUGAUGAUGUGAACCUGCUGACUACUGACUUUCAGUUGCUGUUUAAUAAUGCGAAGGCUUACUAUAAGCCUGAUUCUCCUGAGUAUAAAGCUGCCUGCAAACUGUGGGAAUUAUAUUUGCGCACAAAGAAUGAAUUUGUUCAGAAAGGAGAUGCUGGAGAGGAGGAGGAGGAUGAUGAAGGACAUGACAAUCAAGGGACAAAUUCUGAAACACCUUCUCCAGGUUACUUGAAGGAGAUUCUUGAACAGCUUCUUGAAGCUAUAGCUGUAGCCACAAACCCAUCAGGACGUCUAAUUAGUGAGCUGUUUCAGAAACUUCCCUCUAAAGUGCAAUAUCCUGACUAUUAUGCAAUAAUUAAAGAGCCCAUAGAUCUUAAGACAAUUGCCCAGAGGAUACAGAAUGGAACUUACAAAAGUAUUCAUGCAAUGGCCAAGGAUAUAGAUCUUUUAGCAAAGAAUGCCAAAACAUACAAUGAGCCUGGAUCUCAAGUAUUCAAGGAUGCAAAUGCAAUUAAAAAAAUAUUUAAUAUGAAAAAGGCUGAAAUUGAACACAGCGAGUUGGCCAAAUCAAGUCUUCGAAUCAGGACUCCAUCAAACUUGGCUGCUUCCAAGCUGACAGGUCCUUCCUCGCAGGGUAAGGGCAGUGUUGGUGAUGAGAGAAAUUCUGCUAACAAAUAUUACCGUAACAAGAGAGCAGUCCAAGGAGAUCGUUUAUCAGCAAUAACCAUGGCACUGCAGUAUGGAUCAGAAAGUGAUGAGGAUGCUGCUUUGGCAGCUGCUGCCCGUUAUGAAGAAGGAGAGUCUGAAGCAGAGAGCAUUACUUCCUUUAUGGAUACUUCUAACCCUCUUUAUCAGCUUUAUGAUACAGUUAGGAGCUGUCGAAAUAACCAAGGCCAGCUUAUAUCAGAACCGUUUUUCCAUCUGCCUUCCAAGAAAAAAUAUCCUGAUUAUUAUCAGCAAAUCAAAACACCUAUUUCAUUGCAGCAGAUCAGAACCAAAUUGAAGAACCAUGAAUAUGAAACUCUAGACCAACUGGAGAGUGACCUAAACUUAAUGUUCGAAAAUGCUAAACGCUACAAUGUCCCCAAUUCAGCCAUUUAUAAGAGAGUUCUGAAAAUGCAGCAGGUUAUGCAGGCAAAGAAGAAGGAGCUAGCUAGGAGAGAUGACAUUGAGGAUGGAGAUAGUAUGAUCUCUUCUGCUACAUCUGAUACUGGAAGUUCAAAAAGAAAAAGUAAAAAAAAUAUAAGGAAACAGAGAAUGAAAAUUUUGUACAAUGCAGUCCUUGAAGCUCGAGAGCCAAGCACAGGCAGAAGACUCUGUGAUCUAUUUAUGGUUAAACCCUCCAAAAAGGACUAUCCAGAUUAUUAUAAAAUCAUUUUGGAGCCAAUGGAUUUAAAAAUGAUUGAGCAUAAUAUCCGCAAUGAUAAAUACUCAGGGGAGGAAGCUAUGAUUGAAGAUAUGAAACUAAUGUUCCGAAAUGCAAGGCACUAUAAUGAGGAAGGCUCACAGGUAUACAAUGAUGCUCAUAUGCUGGAGAAGAUCCUUAAAGAAAAAAAGAAGGAACUUGGACCUCUGCCAGAAGAUGAUGAUAUCACUUCCCCUAAAUUAAAGCUAAGUAGAAAAAGUGGUAUUUCCCCUAAAAAAUCAAAAUACAUGACUCCAAUGCAGCAGAAACUGAAUGAGGUAUAUGAAGCAGUGAAGAACUAUACCGAUAAACGAGGAAGGAGACUAAGUGCCAUCUUCCUGAGGCUCCCAUCUCGAUCAGAACUUCCUGACUAUUAUGUAACCAUUAAAAAGCCAGUUGACAUGGAAAAGAUCAGAAGCCACAUGAUGGCCAACAAGUAUCAGGAUAUCGAUUCCAUGGUAGAAGACUUUGUAAUGAUGUUCAAUAAUGCCUGCACUUAUAAUGAGCCAGAAUCUCUGAUUUAUAAAGAUGCCUUGGUCCUACAUAAAGUUUUACUUGAAACAAGAAGAGAGAUAGAAGGAGAUGAGGAUUCUCAUGUCCCCAAUGUAACAUUGCUAAUCCAGGAACUUAUCCAUAACCUUUUUGUGUCUGUAAUGAGCCAUCAGGAUGAUGAGGGCAGGUGUUACAGUGACUCUUUAGCUGAAAUUCCUGCUGUUGAUCACAACUUUCCAAACAAACCACCUCUGACCUUUGACAUUAUCCGAAAGAACGUUGAAAAUAAUCGCUACAGGAGAUUAGACUUGUUUCAGGAGCAUAUGUUUGAGGUACUGGAAAGGGCAAGGAGGAUGAACCGGACUGAUUCAGAGAUUUAUGAGGAUGCAGUAGAACUUCAGCAGUUCUUUAUUAAAAUCCGUGAUGAACUCUGCAAAAAUGGAGAGAUUCUUUUGUCACCAGCACUUAGCUAUACCACCAAGCAUCUUCACAACGAUGUAGAAAAAGAAAAAAAGGAAAAACUACCAAAAGAAAUAGAAGAGGAUAAGCUCAAACGAGAGGAAGAGAAAAGAGAAGCUGAAAAAAGUGAAGAUUCUGCUGGAGGAACUGGUCUGUCAAGCUUGCAUCGGACCUACAGCCAGGAUUGCAGCUUUAAAAAUAGCAUGUACCAUGUUGGGGAUUAUGUCUAUGUAGAACCCGCAGAAGCCAAUUUACAACCUCAUAUAGUCUGUAUUGAGCGGCUAUGGGAAGAUUCAGCAGGAGAAAAAUGGUUAUAUGGCUGUUGGUUUUAUCGGCCAAAUGAAACGUUCCAUCUUGCAACACGAAAAUUUCUGGAAAAAGAAGUUUUUAAGAGUGACUAUUAUAAUAAAGUUCCUGUUAGCAAGAUUUUAGGAAAAUGUGUGGUCAUGUUUGUUAAGGAGUAUUUUAAAUUAUGUCCAGAAACCUUUAGAGAUGAAGAUGUCUAUGUCUGUGAGUCACGUUAUUCUGCAAAGACAAAGUCUUUUAAAAAGAUUAAAUUGUGGACUAUGCCCAUUAGCUCUGUAAGGUUUAUCCCACGAGAUGUACCUCUGCCUGUGGUCCGUGUUGCUUCUGUAUUUGCUAAUACAGACAAAGUGGAUGAAGAAAAACACGGUGAAAAUUUAGAGGAUAAUAAAGUAGGAGAUGGUAUCCUUCAUCUUGAAAAGGAGAAAGAAGAUGUUCCAGUGGAAAUGUCAAAUGGAGAACCUGGUUGCCACUACUUUGAACAGCUCUGUUAUAAUGAUAUGUGGCUUAAGGUUGGCGAUUGUGUCUUUAUAAAAUCACAUGGCUUGGUGCGGCCUCGGGUGGGAAGAAUUGAAAAGAUGUGGGUACGGGAUGGAGCUGCAUAUUUUUUUGGUCCAAUCUUCAUACAUCCCGAAGAAACUGAACAUGAACCAACUAAAAUGUUCUACAAGAAGGAAGUGUUUUUGAGUAACCUAGAAGAGACCUGUCCUAUGACAUGCAUCCUGGGAAAGUGUGCUGUGUUAUCUUUUAAGGACUUCCUUUCCUGUCGACCAACAGAGAUCUCUGAAAAUGAUGUUUUUCUUUGUGAGAGUCGCUAUAAUGAGAGUGACAAGCAGAUGAAGAAAUUUAAAGGGCUUAAGAGGUUUUCGCUUUCUGCAAAAGUAGUAGAUGAUGAAAUUUACUAUUUUAGAAAACCCAUAGUUCCACAGAAGGAGCCAUCUCCACUACUGGAGAGAAAGAUUCAGCAGCUAGAAGCAAAAUUUGCUGAGUUGGAAGGGGGUGAUGAGGAUAUUGAAGAGAUGGGAGAUGAAGAAGGUGACAUCUCUGAAGCACCUUCUAUGCCUCAACUUCAGACUCCACUGGCUAGUGAAUUGGAUAUAAUGCCAUACACUCCACCACAGUCCACUCCCAAGUCUGUUAAAGGAAGUGCCAAGAAGGAGGGAUCGAAAAGGAAGAUCAACAUGAGUGGUUACAUCCUAUUUAGCAGUGAGAUGAGAGCUGUGAUUAAAGCUCAGCACCCAGAUUACUCUUUUGGAGAGCUCAGCAGGCUCGUAGGAACUGAAUGGAGAAACUUGGAAGCAACCAAGAAAGCAGAAUAUGAAGAGCGGGCAGCUAAAGUUGCUGAGCAGCAGGAGAGAGAGCGAGCAGCACAGCAACAGCAGCAGAAUUCCUCCCCCCGGGCAGGCACUCCUGUCGGGGCUCUUAUGGGGGUGGUGCCGCCACCAACACCAAUGGGAAUGCUCAAUCAGCAGUUGACACCUGUUGCAGGCAUGAUAGGUGGCUAUCCACCGGUGCUGCCACCUUUGCAGGGCCCACUUGAUGGCAUUGUUAGCAUGGGCAGCAUGCAGCCACUUCACCCUGGGGUGCCCCCACCCCACCAACUUUCGCCAGGUAUGCCAGGCAUCCCACCACCGGGUGUUAUAAGUCAAAAUGUAUCUUCCAUGGUAGGCACUCCAGCACCAGGAGGAAGCCCGUUUGGACAGCAGAUGGGAAUUCUUGGGCCACCCAGCCAGCAAGCACCACCUCCGUAUCCAGGUCAAAGCCCAGCAAGUCAGCCAGUUAUGCAGCAGCCCACAACUCCAAUGUUCGUUUCCCCUCCACCAAAGACACAGAGGCUUCUUCAUUCUGAGGCCUACCUGAAAUAUAUUGAAGGGCUUAGUGCUGAAUCAAAUAGUAUUAGCAAGUGGGACCAGACCCUUUCAGCACGAAGACGAGAUAUGCAUCUUACAAAAGAACAAGAGAGCCGUCUUCCUUCACACUGGUUGAAAAGUAAAGGGGCCCAUACCACAAUGGCAGAUGCACUGUGGCGCCUUCGAGACUUGAUGCUACGAGACACCCUGAACAUCCGUCAAGCAUACAAUAUAGAAAAUGUUUAAUCACAUAAAUUGCUUCUUUGAUACCAACAUAUGAGAAGUUUUGUGGAACAAAAGCUGUUUUAGUUGCUGGGUGGGGAGAGAACAAACAAUAAUUUUUAUUGCAUUUUACUGUACAUUGCAAGACCAUUUUUAUAUAAGAACAUUUUUAAUAAGCAUAUUUCACUUUUUGUUAUAUUAAGUUGACUUUAUCAAAUACACAAAUUUUUGCAUAUGUUUCCUUUAUUUGAAAGGCGAUUUCAUAUUUGGUUUUGUGUAGUCAAGAUUUCAUCUUUCUUAUACUAUAUUGCUGAAAACCUGAUGCCAUCAACUUUUUAUAUAAAAAAAGAAAAGCAAAACAAAUAAGUAUUUACAGAUUAGUUCAGAAGUACAAUGGAAUGUGAAAUUAGUCAUAGUUUACAUCUUAGAAGAAUGUAUGUACAUGUGCUUGUUUGUAUUAGCCACUUCCAACAGAAGUGUCACUUGGAUGUGAACAUAAGCUUUAUUUAAAUAAAUAAAGGAAAAGGUAAGGGGUGCACUGACACUAGGAAAAAUCAGAUUGUAGUUCAUUACCAAUAAAGCUCCACACGUAGCAAUGGUGGAAGUGCUAGUGUAGACAGGAUACAGGUGUGUUGACUGCUGUGUUAUCCAACCCUGUCCAAUUAUUUGAUGGUGUAGACAAGGCCAUUGUGAUCUCGAAUCAGUUACAGAAUAUUUAUGCAUACUUAACCACAAAUGAAUGCAUUUGAAAGGUGAAGUGCUUUAUCUGCCAAGACCUG